AUGGCUUCGUACGCAGCAGACUCCGAGGCGCCCAUCAUCAUGCUCCUGGCAAAAAAGCACUUUGAGCAGUUGCCCUCGCGCAACGCCCAGCUCUACGCGCACCAUUUGUCCCGCGCCUCCCACUGGGGCACGCGCGCAGUGCUCCGCUCCGUGUCGCCCGAAAGCGAGGCCAUAUACGACUUGAUCUUGGCCGUGCACCAGGCCUUGGACUCGCCGCCAUCUGCCGAGGAGUACCAGCUCAGAUUGGCCGCCCGGGCCAGGCCCGCGCACGUGUUCGACGAGCGCGCCGUGGCCCUCUACUUGGAGUACGCGUCGCAGUUCUUGUCCAACUUGGGCAACUUCAAGUCGUUCGGCGACCAGAAGUUCGUGCCGCAAGUGGCACGCGACCAGUUUGCCGCCAUCGUGGCGGCCGCAGGCGGCGCGCCGCUCGCCGACGUGUUUGCGCUGGUGGUGGACGCCGUGUACUCCACGGACUGCGCGCUCUUGGGCUGGCCGGAAAAGGGCCAGACGUCCAGCUACUACCCGGACUGCAGCGCCACCAUCACCCGCGAGGAGGUGGAGGCCAUCAACGGCGCGUUGGCCGCCCGCGGCAUCAUGCCGGAAAACACGCGUGUCUCCAAGAAGUCCGCGUCGCACUUCGUGGUGCUUGUGGCCAGCGCCGUGGCUGACAACACCACCGACUACUACCCCCGCGACCCCAUCACGCUCGCCUCGGGUGCGUCUGUGGAUAUCCAGUUCGGUGACCACGCGGCCGAGUUCGCGCACAUAACGCGCCACAUGCGCCUGGCCCACGCCGUGGCGGCCAACGACACCCAGCGCAACAUGCUCGACGCGUACGCCGAGUCCUUUGAGACUGGCUCCAUGAACGCGCACAAGCAGUCGCAGAUCCACUGGGUCAAGGACCUCGGCCCGCUCGUCGAGUCCAACAUCGGCUUCAUCGAGACCUACAGAGACCCCUCGGGCGUGCGUGGCGAGUGGGAGGGCUUGGUGGCAAUGGUCAACCAGGACCGCACCGCCAAGUUCGCCACCUUGGUCAACAGCGCGUCCGACCUCAUUCCCCACUUGCCCUGGUCCACGCUCUACGAAAAGGACACCUUCACGCCGCCUGACUUCACGUCUCUCGAGGUCUUGACCUUCGCCGGCUCGGGCUGCCCGGCCGGCAUCAACAUCCCCAACUACGACGACGUGCGCUUGAAUGUGGGCUUCAAGAACGUGUCGCUCGGCAACGUGCUCAGCGCCAACCCCAAGAAACCCAAGAAGGAGGAGGUCAUCAGCUUCAUCCACGAGUCCUUGCAGGCGAAGUUCCGCAAGUGGCGCGACGACGCGUUCGAGGUCCAGGUCGGCUUGCACGAGUUGCUCGGCCACGGCACGGGCAAGUUAUUGCAAGAAACCACCGCCGGUGUCUUCAACUUCGACAAGGCCGCACACCCUGAAAUCACCACUUUCUACAAGCCCAACGAAACCUGGGGCUCCUUAUUUAGCGCGUCCGCCGGGUCCUUCGAGGAGUGCAGAGCGGAGUUGGUGGCCUUGUUCCUCAUCUUGGCCAAGCCCGACGACGUGCUCCCCAUCUUCGGUAUUUCCGACGCGGAGAGCAAGCAAGAUGUGAAGUUGAUUGCCACUAUUCUCAUGGCCAGAGCCGGCGUGGUGGGCUUGGAGUUCUGGGACCCCGAGUCCAAGAAAUGGGGCCAGGCACACAUGCAAGCCAGAUUCGGUAUCUUCAAGGCGCUCUACAGAGCCGGCGUGGUCUCGUUCAAGCACUCCAAGGACAACUUUGACGACUUGGAGUUGGUGACUGACGAGUCCAAGUUGGACACCGAUGCUGUAGAGGCUUUGCGUGACUUCUUGCACAAGCUUCACGUGUACAAGACCACUGCCAAUGUCGAGGAGGGUCUUGCAUUCUACGGCGAUAUGACGGACGUCACGGAAGAAUUCGCCCAGUACAGAGACGUGGUGCUCAGAAAGAAAUUGCCCAGAAAGCAGCUUAUCCAGGCAAACACCUUCUUGAAUGCCGACGGCACUGUCGAGGUUCGCGAGUACGAGGAGUCGGAGGUGGGCAUGAUCCAGAGCUUCGUGGACAGAGCAGUUUGA